CAUGUUCACCAACCCUUCGAAGGCUUCGUGGCUUUGUUCGACGGUACUUGUAGUUGUACAGACAGUCAUGCAUACUGGCUACUCUCCCGGUGCAGUACUGCAGACCCUAGCCCUGGCUACUCUCCCGGUGCAGUACUGCAGACCCUAGCCUGCCUAGUAAGUAGUAGAUCUACACUGAGUCUGUCAACAGUCAUUAGGACAUGCUCCUCCGCUCGUGAGUGAGUCGAGUUGUCCCAAACCAGAGUUUCUCGCAAGACAGCUAGCUGCACGCUCAUGGUCUGCCCAGGCGGGUCCUCUUCCGCGCCUCGCAAGACGAAUCAUUCGGUAGCAAACACAGAGGUUAUGUCAUGACGGCAAAGCGGACGUUGUGCCGAUAGAGUGCCGCUAGAGUGGAGCGGGUUCUUGUCGGACGUGGCCGGACGUGACGGUCGUGCUCCGGGGUACCUCACGCGACUCACAGGUUACCAUGGAGACAGCCAAACUGCUGGCGACACCACCAGAGGGGGCACUGUCGAGCACCAGCCAGCGGAGUGCCAAACUACCAUGGCCGACAUCUGCCCCUCCGCUGUAUUCAGCCACAGAUACGAACGAAAUUGCAAUGGAUGAGGAGAUCGUCGGCAAUGUGUACCCACCGACAAUGGCGCUACUUGGAACGGAACCUGCGCCGGGAAAGGAUUGUUUCACCAUCGCAGAGGGCCUCAAUGCCCUGGGAAUAGGUCCGUUCCACUAUCGACUCGUAUUUAUUAUUGGCUUAAUUUCGGUUGCUACAGGACUAGGCUCGACGGGGUUUUCCCUCUUUCCACCGCUGGCUCGCUGUCAUCUUCACCUGGACAGUUUAGAUGAAGCUCUCCUGACCAGCAGUGGAUUCGCCGGAGCAGCAUGCGGCGGCAUGGGCAUUGGUUACCUAGCAACGCAUUUCGGCCGCAGAACGGCUAUCAUAAUGAUGAUAUUGUGGAUAUCCUACUUUGGUUUCCUGAGCGGCAUCACCCCUGGUUACCGCUGGCUACUGGGUCUGAGGUUUGUUGUCGGCUUUGGUCAUGGUGGAGCUGGUCAGAGGGUGUCGAUAUUGUUUGAGAAUCUGCCAACACGCUACCGUACAUUGGGAGCCGGAGUGUUGACUCUCUUCUUCAACAUCGGUAACUUCCUGGAAGCAGUUUUCAUCAAGGUGUUGAUACCGACUGGGCGCAAGGUUGCAUGGCGUUACAUCCUGUUCACGGACGCCUCCCUGUUUGCCGUUUGCAUCCUAUUUUCAUGUUGGCUGCUGAUGGUGUACUGUGCAGUGGCUGCUGAUGGUGUACUGUGCAGUGGCUGCUAA